AUGGCAGGAAAGGAGAGUGGAAACAUGGAAAAUAACAGCUCUGAUGAUGCAGUUCCUGGACGAACAGAGCAGAUAUUAUGUCAACCAUGUUCAAAAUUCUUCUGUGAGGAUGAGAAUAAGCUUUGUUGCAGUACCUGUGCUAUUGUGGAUCACCGGAAAUGUCACAGUGUCGUAGAAAUACAGAAGAUUGACAGAAGGUCUGCAGUAGUUAAGUCCAAAUUAAAAGUUACGUUGCAAGAAGUACAAGAGAAGGCUGAAAAUAUCGUUAAACAUGCCAAGUCGUCAAAAGAGCAAUUGGAUCAAGAUGUUAAAGAAGUGUCUAUUACAAUUAGGCGGAUGCGGGAUAAUGUAAUGAAAAUGUUUGACGAUUUGGAAGUUUCCGUUGCUAAGGACGCUGAAUCAUUUAAGACAGAAACACUCGAUAAAUUGACAAGGAAGCAAUCAAACAGUGAGAAAUAUGUUGCUGAUGCAACAAAAUCUCUGGAAACAAUUGAUAACCAGACUGGAGAUGAUGUCGGUGAACCGUUAUACACAGGCCUGGAUUUCCUGCCGGAUGGUAGAUUGGUUGCCGUGGAUAAUAAAAACAUGAAAUGUUUGAUUUACAAUGAGAAGCUUGAGAUA